AAUAAGAGUUAAAACAGAAACGAGGUGAGUUCCACAUUUUUUUAAACAAUACGGGCGUUAAUACUCAUUUAUUGCCGCUAACAGUGGCGAAAUUUGAAAAAGCGGCCUUCGUUUCGGUUAUUGGCGUUAGUUCACAUUAUUUCCACUCUGAUUUAAAACGGCGAGAAUAAAUCGUUUUUUUCAAGUUUCUAUUGAAGAAAUUAAUCAAGCAACAAUGUUGAAGCUCCUAACAGUGGCGCGGUGUUAUUGCGACUGUGUGUGCUGUUGUGCGAAAUGUUGACGUUUCGCGAAAUGCGUUUUCCUAUUGUUAUUAACCGGGAAACUUAUUUAUUACAGAUUGUCCUUAGCUGGCUGCAUCCAGUCACAAUGCUAUGGCUAGCCGUCUAGCAACCCCCAGUGCAGUUGAACGGAGCGGAGCUAGCUGGCUGUUAGCUUCGUGUCAGCGCUAGCUAGCAACCUGGGCUGACAUUCCGUGACAAGGGGAAAGUGAAGAAAAUAAGUCGAGUGGCGGAAAACACAAAGUCAGGAAAUUAUACAGCAAGCGUUUGCUUUUGUUCGACGCGUAGCGGCUUUGCAUGAUUUGUUUAAAUGGGUAACUUGAGUAAUUUACAUAGUUUAAACGUGUUGGUGGCCUCUUCCUAUGCUCCGCCAUUUUGUAUAAGACGAAUGCUAAUCAUGGGCGCUCCUACAUUCACUUUAUUUAUGGCUAGAAUAAAACUGAGGCAUCAAGUGCAAACUCAAACUUAAUCAAGAUCCAUCAGCUCGGGCUGUUGUCUACUUUUCGCAUGCUUAUGAGCACCAUGCAAACAGAAAAUAUCACCUUAAUUCAGUGUUGAACAUGCGUCAAGACUAAAACGUUAGAUCGAAAUAUUAGUCGCCUUGAAACGCUUUUAAGUUUGGCCAGUCAGUGCAGAAAACAGUGUUCUCUUUAAAACGGAUAACCAAAUCACCCUCUCACUUGUUCAUAACCAGGCAAACAGCCGGUUUUAGGAGAUACUGUUAAAACAAGGAAAAGAUGAACUUGUGUGGUUAACUUCAAGUUGAGACAUCUUUCCCCAUGUUUGUCAAUGGUCCUGGUGAAGGUUCACUCUAAUGGGGCCGUUUGUGCACGUAUUCCCCUGUUAGUUGACCAGCAAAACAAUAUUAUUAUUGACUGUUUUGUCUGAAAUCGAAGUGCAUGGUGUAUCCUGCAAGCCAGCACACAGUCGCCAUCCAGCGGUGAUGUCCGGCAAUGCUGUUUACAAGUGCAGGUAGAAACUGCAUUUGACGUUUGGGAGCACUUCGUAGGUAAAGCCAUGCAGGGGGCUGCUUCGCUGGGAUUAUCACACACAGUCAGCACAGUAGACGGAGAACAACGCCAUAAUAUGAGACAAAGAUGUGGACUGAACCUUCUUUAAUCAACCUCUGUUACAUUUUGAACAUCUGUAAUGUUGUUGUGUCAGUUUUCAUCAUGUGGCAGUGUCUUUGGUAUUUGUUUUAUACACUGCCUGGCCAAAAAAAAAAGUCGCCACCUGGAUUUAACUAAGCAAAUAGGUACGAGCCUCCUAUUGGAUAAUUACUGCAUGGGCGAUUAUCUUUCAGCUGGCAACAAGUUAUUUAACCCCAACUGGUGCAAUGAGUUGCUUCUCAUUUCCUAAACAACCAUGUCAAAAGACACAUCCCGUGGUCGUGGAAAAGAUGUUAGUCUGUUUGAGAAGGGUCAAAUCAUUGGCAUGCAUCAAGCAGAGAAAACAUCUAAGGAGAUUGCAGAAACUACUAAAAUUGGGUUAAGAACUGUCCAACGCAUUAUUAAAAACUGGAAGGGUAGUGGGGACCCAUCGUCUUCGAGGAAGAAAUGUGGCCGGAAAAAAAUCCUCAAUGAUCGUGAUCGGCGAUCACUUAAACGUUUGGUGAGAUCAAAUCGAAGAAAAACAACAGUAGAACUCAGGGCUAUGUUUAAUAGUAAAGUAAGAGCAUUUCCACACGCACAAUGCGAAGGGAACUCAAGGGAUUGGGACUGAACAGCUAUGUAGCCUUAAGAAAACCACUAAUCAGUGAGGCUAGCCAGAAAAAAAGGCUUCAAUUUGCUAGGGAGCAUAAAGAUUGGACUCUGGAGCAAUGGAAGAAGGUCAUGUGGUCUGAUGAGUCCAGAUUUACCCUGUUCCAGAGUGAUGGGCACAUCAGGGUAAGAAGAGAGGCAGAUGAAGUGAUGCACCCAUCAUGCCUAGUGCCUACUGUACAAGCCUGUGGGGGCAGUGUUAUGAUCUGGGGUUGCUGCAGUUGGUCAGGUCUAGGUUCAGCAACAGUAUGUGCUCAAAGAAUGAGGUCAGCUGACUACCUGAAUAUACUGAAUGACCAGGUUAUUCCAUCAAUGGAUUUUUUGGCACGGGCAUAUUCCAAGAUGACAAUGCCAGGAUUCAUCGGGUUCAAAUUGUGAAAGACUGGUUCAGGGAGCAUGAGACAUCAUUUUCACACAUGGAUUGGCCACCACAGAGUCCAGACCUUAACCCCAUUAAGAAUCUUUGGGAUGUGCUGGAGAAGGCUUUGCGCAGUGGUCAGACUCUACCAUCAUCAAUGCAAGAUCUUGGUGAAAAAUUAAUGCAACACUGGAUGGAAAUAAAUCUUGUGACAUUGCAGAAGCUUAUCGAAACAAUGCCACAGCGAAUGCGUGCCGUAAUCAAAGCUAAAGGCGGUCCAAUGAAAUAUUAGAGUGUAUGACUUUUUUUUUUUUUUUGGUGGUGACUUUUUUUUUGGCCAGGCAGUGUAUUUCAUCUUUGCAGGUUGGGGAUAUCAGAGGAGUGGGAAUGACCGACACUCCGCCCAGCGAUGGCCCCUCCCAGGGAGCUGAGUUUGAUAUGAUGGGUGCUCUGGACUGGAAGGACGGUAUUGCCACGCUGCCGGGUAGUGACAUCAGGUUCCGCAUGACAGAGUUUGGGACUCUUGAGAUUGUCACAGACCUAGAGGUCAAAGGCCUGAAGACAGAGCCUAAGCCUGAGACCUUGGACCCAGCACAGUCUCACACUCCUACACCUCCACCAGAGGGCCAAUCACAGACUGGCACAGCCACAACUCCAGCCACUCAGAGUCAGCCUGGAUCGUCUCAAGUUAAAGCUCCUGGUCCUGUGCUUCUGUCUUUAGAGGAGGGCCCCAGUAUGGAGGGCCCAAGUGUGGAGGUUGGUCCCAGUGUUGAAGUUGGCUCCAGCGCAGACAUGGGCCCAAAUGGGGAGCUGUCACGGUGCCGAGCCUGCGGUAGUCGUGUUGCCCGCGAUGCCCUCCUUCAGGGCAAAUUCUGUAGCUCGGUGUGUGCCCAGCCCUCCAGCGGCAGAUCGUCUCCAGGGGAAGCAAGGGAGAGUCAAGCAGCUGAGGGUGAGAGGCUGGGGAAACGUGUGCGCAAAAAGAGGAAGAUCUAUAUGGAUUCUGGUGAUGAAGAGGAAGACAACCAAGAGGAACCAGAGGAGAAGGCCAAGACCACCAAAGGCAGGAGAGGUGCCAAAAUUGCCAAACUGGUGACAGCACCAGCCAAUAAGAAACGAGCGUGGAGCUGGCCUUCUUACUUGGAAGAAGAGAGGGCCAUCGCUGUUCCUGUGAAACUAUUCAAGGAGCACCAGUCGUUUCCUCAAAGCAGGAACAGUUUUAAGGUUGGAAUGAAGCUGGAGGGGCUGGACCCGUCUCAUCCGUCUCUGUUCUGUGUUCUCACGGUCGCAGAGAUCCAAGGCUAUAGGAUUAGGCUCCACUUCGAUGGUUACCCAGAAUGCUACGACUUCUGGGCCAACGCCGACUCGUGGGAUAUAAAACCAGCUGGCUGGUGUGAGAAGAACGGGCAUAAGUUAUUGUUGCCUAAAGGUUGUAAGGAUGGAGAGUUUAAUUGGAGCAUGUAUGUGAAGAAUUGUAGGGGUCAGCUGGCCCCAAAACACCUUUUCAAGAGCCUCAACACCUCUGUGACUCCGUCUGGAUUCAGAGCAGGGAUGAAGCUGGAGGCAGUGGACAGGAAAAACCCAUCGUUGAUCUGCGUAGCAACUAUUGCUGCUGUCGUCGACAACCGGCUGCUCAUUCAUUUUGACAACUGGGAUGACACGUAUGAUUAUUGGUGUGACGCUAGCAGUCCAUACAUCCAUCCUGUGGGAUACUGCGAAGAGGCUGAGCUAACUCUGACCACUCCAGCUGGUAAGACACAGACCAAGACACACGUGGAAUAUAAACAACCCAAGAGUUUCUCAUGGGAGAAGUAUUUGGAAGAGACGGGCACACAGGCUGCUCCUGCUCGCGCUUUUAAACCGCGACCUCCACAUGGCUUCCAGAUUGGGAUGAAAGUGGAAGCUGUGGAUAAGAGGAACCCCAUGCUCAUCCGUGUUGCAACCAUAGCAGACACAGAGGACCACCGACUAAAGAUUCAUUUUGAUGGCUGGAGUUCGGAGUAUGACUACUGGGUGGAGACAGACUGCCCUGAUCUGCACCCUGUAGGCUGGUGUCAGAAGACUGGACACCCACUACAAUAUCCCAACGGCUCCAGUGAUUUAGUGACUGCCCCUGGCCAAGGAUGUCCUACCCCAGGAUGCAACGGGGUUGGCCACAUUAGAGGACCUCGCUAUGGGACCCACUACACUCAGGUGAGCUGUCCCUACUCGGAGAUGAAUCUGAACAAGGAGGGCUUGCUGCCAGACCGCCUCAGUGGAGAACGACCCCUCGCCCUCAGUGGACCUCAUCCACGUGGCCGACGCCCGGACCCUCACGUGAACACUACGACACAGACCUCCUCGACGCCGGACCAGCCGGACGGAGCGGAAGACUCCCAGAACAGGAAACCGGUGACGGUGGAAGCUGAGCGUGUAGGACGUAAUGCUCAGCCUGAGCCAGCAGGUGGAGCCAGUGAGCAGAGCCACAAUGGAACAAGGCCUAAACGGACGGCUCCAGUCCCCAAAUACCUGAAAAUGCACUACGUUAAAGAGGAGAUUGGCGACAGUAAAGCCUCUCCAGACGCCAUCUCUCUCCAGCAGGCCCUCCACGAGUCUGUGUUUUCCCCCGGCAUCUCCGCCUCUCCCCCCCACCGGGUGGCUCUCUGCUGGGACAAACACUGCCAGCUGCUGCCCGAGGUCCUGGGGCUGACUGCCAAGAGAGUGGCCACUUGGAGCGCCGAGGAGGUGGCCUCUUUUGUCAAAGGACUCCCAGGAUGUAAAGAACAUGCUGCUACAUUUAAAACUGAGCAAAUCGAUGGCGAGGCCUUUCUGCUGCUCACCCAAGCGGACAUUGUCAAGAUCCUGUCCAUCAAGCUAGGACCCGCCCUGAAGAUUUACAACUCCAUCCUCAUGUUGAAGAACGCAGACGAAGAGUAAGACCGGACUCUCAGGAGGAAUCGCUCCCUCUUCACUGGUUUCAUCAACACUCAGCUAAAGACAUUUUGAUAAAAUCAGCCAGAACAGUUUUCAUGUGUCGAGCUCUGCAACAGUGCAGCUACACGAAACAAGUGGAAGCCAUCAUCUCUACAAACGUCCAUCCCUCCCCCCUCUCCCUCUCCCUCUCCCUCUCCCUCCUCUCUCCAUGAUGGACAGUACAGAUCACCCUGAGGGAGAGUUUUACAUGAGGAUUCCUUGACUUAUAUCGUGUUUGUUUACUGAAUCAUUUAAAAAAAAAAAAAAGAACUACAGGCACCUUCAAUGCUUCUUAAUAUUGUACAGAUUAUGGAUUGGAUCUAGUGUCAUGAUUCUGUUGCGUUUCCUGUUUUAUUUGAACUGUAAUGGUGCUUGAGCUCAGAGCAGAUGGAACAAGAGCGAUUGUGCUUUGUUGCAUUUUACCAGGCAACAGAUACUUUUUUUUUUUUUAAGCUGCAAAAUACAAUCGUUAGGUGGCGAGAGGUUUUUAAAAAUGUGAAACCCAGUGGAGCAGAAGCACUAUGUAGUUCAGCCUGUAGAUGGUGCGAGUGGGCCGCUCCACAGGCCCGAAGGCAAAGGAGUUUGAUUAAAUUGGAGUUGGCUGGAGCUUAGAUUGAAUGGGGGAUGGUAAAGACUUUGUGUGUGUGUUUGUGUGUGCAAAUGUGACUAAGAGUGUUUGAGAAAUGAGGGUGCAAUUUCCCACCAGCCUGCGUGUGUUUUCCUUUUCUGGUCAGAGGAUUGUUUCGUGACGAGCAGGGCUAAGGGCUAAAUGUUAAAUCAAGGAAACGUGCAGUCUUUUAAGGUGGAACAAGACAACGAAACAGCUCUGUUCUUCUUUCUCUGCUUUCUCGUUUGGAACGGCACAUGGAUACGAAUGUUAAAAACAACAGCUUUUAGUUGUUUUGUUGAUAUCUUUGUUUGGUUUAAAAUAACCUGUCAUUCAUAAUGUAAAUAAUAUACAGCUACAACAGGACUGUCCUCCCUCCCUCCCUAACAGAGUUUACUCCUGCUUGGUUAUGCAAAGGCUUGACAUCUGUCCACAGGGAAGGACAUUGUGACAGUGGACUGGAAACUACGAGCCUCAAUUCAUACAAAGAUUUUGAGAAAAAAAAAGAGGAAGCGAAACAUUGUCAGUGUCUGUGUAAAUGCAAACUGCUUUUAUUUAUGUAUUCUAAUUUAAAGGGG